AGGUCGCACACUUGUAGGUCACACACACACACACACACACACACACACACAGACACACACACAGAUGAGCUGCGAACCUUCCAGAGAUGCACCUUCAUCUGUGUUACGUGUAUGGACGAGCCUGUGUCUGCUCCUGAACGUGAGGAGGUGAUUCAGGGGGUCUUCCUCAGACCUUCCUCCUCCUGGUUCCUCUGAGCUCUGGAGAUGCGACACCAGCACCGUGCUGUCAUCUCAACACCUCACACAUGGCGGACGAAUCUACAUCAGACAAAUCUGCUGCUCCUCUCUUCUCCUCUUCUCCUCCACUCCAUCCAUCCCUCCGUGGCCUCCUGAGGUUCCUCCUGGUUCUCCUGUGUCUGCUCCCCCGCCCGGCUCAGGCAGCCUGGUUCAAGGUCGGGGUGGUGGGACCGUGGGGAUGUGACCCUCUGUUCGCCAAGGCCCUUCCCCAUGUGGCAGCGCAGCUCGCCGUCAACCGCAUCAACAGGGACCCGUCUCUGUCCUACGCUGCCACGUUUGAUUACACCGUGCUGCAGGAGCCGUGUGAGACGUCCAGAGCGCUGGAGGCGUUCAUGGGUUUCCACGCCAAGGCCUCGGGGUACAUCGGGCCGGUCAACCCCGGCUACUGUGACGCUGCAUCAAUGCUGAGCAAAGGCUGGAACAAGGCUUUGUUUCCUUGGGGCUGUGUUGGCUACGAGCUGGAUGACGUCCGGAGCCACCCGACCUUCGCUCGCUCCAUGGCGAGGCCCACGUGGGUGCUGCUCAGCAUCAUGCAUUACUUCAGGUGGGCGCACGUGGCCAUCAUCUCCUCCUCGGACGGCAUCUGGAUGGAGACGGCCACCAAGGUCGCUGAUUCGCUGAGAAGCCACGGUCUGCCGGUCAGACUGGUCAGUUUCAUGGAGAACACUCCUCACGGCAUCAGGCGAACUCUGGCCAAGGUUCGAAAGAUGAGUGAAAUACGAGUCGUGGUCCUGUGCAUGCACUCGGCGCUGAUCGGCGGCACCGUCCAGAAGCUCCUGCUGGAGACGGCCUACGACAUGCAGAUGACUGACGGCUCCCUGGUCUUUGUGCCGUACGACACUUUGCUCUACAGCCUCCCCUACCGCAACGUCACCUACCCGGCUCUGAAGAGCAACAGCAAGCUGCUGAGGGCCUACGACGCCGUGCUGACCGUCACCAUCGAGUCGCCCCAGACGUCGUUCUACGAGGCCUACAGAGAGGCCAUGGAGACGGGGGAGGUGGCGAGGACGCUGAAGCCACAGCAGGUGUCUCCUCUCUUCGGGACCAUCUACAGCUCCAUCCUCUUCAUGGCUCAUGCGGUGCAUCGUGUUCGGCAGUCGGGGGAGUGGAUGUCUGGCGGCAACCUGGCGAGACACACCCACAAUCUGGCCUUUCAGGGGUUCAGUCACCCGAUUAAAACCAACGACUCUGGAGCAGCUCUGCUGGAAUAUCUCAUCCUGGACACAGACGGUCUCUCCUCGGAGCUGAAGCCAGUGUACAGGAUCGACAUGGAGGUCGGGAUGGUGCGAUUCCUGGGUCGAGACAUCCACUUCCCCCGAGGCUACGGACCCAGGAGAGACUCCUCCUGCUGGUUCACUCCUGGAGUCAUCUGCUCGGGGGGUGUGGAUCUGCUCACGGCCAUCAGGAUGUUCCUCGGAGCGAUCUUCUUCUCUGUCGUCUCUGUGGCGUUGAUUUACUGCGUCAGGCGACGCAUCAAUCAGAUUCUCCUGGUCAAGAGUCCAAACAAAAUCUUACUGACUCUGGCAGAUGUCACAUUCAUAAACCCGUCGCUUAGCAACAAGAAGCUGAGUCGGGACGACAGCAGAACCAGUGGCAUGAGGAGCGUGUCGGACCGCAGCCUCACCUCACCAGUGUCCACCAUGACCCCGGCCACCUAUGAGAACUCCAACGUGGUCAUUUACGAGGGUGACUGGGCCUGGCUGAAGAGACUCCCUGAUGGGACGUUCAGCAGAAUCAACCCCAAAACCAGUGACGUGUUUGAACUGAUGAAGGACAUGCGUCACGAGAACAUCAAUCCCUUCCUGGGCUUCUUUCACGACUGUGGCGUGUUCGCCAUCGUGACGGAGUUCUGCUCCAGAGGAAGCUUGGAGGACCUGCUGCUGAAUGAUGACGUGAAGCUGGACUGGAUGUUCAAGUCCUCUCUGCUGCUGGAUCUCAUCAAGGGUAUGAAGUACCUCCACCACCGCGGAGUGUCCCACGCUCGUCUGAAGUCCGGGAACUGUGUGGUGGACGGACGCUUUGUCCUGAAGAUCACAGACUUCGGUUACAACGAGGUUCUGGAGUCUCAGAGGUUCCCUUACAUCGAACCACCCGCAGAGCAGUUGCUGUGGACGGCUCCAGAGAUCCUGAGGAGCGGGCAGCCGGGGCUUCACGGGACUCUGACCGGUGACGUGUUCAGCUUUGCCAUCAUCAUGCAGGAGGUGGUGAUCAGAGGACCUCCGUUCUGCAUGCUGGACCUCUCCGCUGCAGACAUCAUAGAGAAGCUCUGUAAGCCUCCUCCUCUGUGUCGGCCGCUGGUCAGUCCCGACUACGCUCCGUUAGAGUGCAUCCAGCUGAUGAAGCAGUGCUGGAACGAGCAGCCGGAGAAGAGGCCCAGCUUCGAGGAGAUCUUUGACCAGUUUAAAGACAUCAACAAGGGGAAGAAGACCAACAUCAUUGACUCCAUGCUGCGGAUGCUGGAGCAGUAUUCGUCCAACCUGGAGGAGCUGAUCCGAGAGCGAACGGAGGAGCUGGAGAUCGAGAAGCAGAAGACGGAGAAGCUGCUGACGCAGAUGCUGCCUCCAUCUGUGGCAGAAGCUUUGAAAGUGGGCGGCACAGUCGAACCAGAGCACUUUGACCACGUGACACUUUACUUCAGCGACAUCGUUGGGUUCACCACCAUCUCAGCCAACAGCGAACCCAUCGAGGUGGUCGACCUGCUCAACGACCUCUACACCAUCUUCGACGCCAUCAUAGGAAACCACGACGUCUACAAGGUGGAGACGAUAGGUGAUGCCUACAUGGUGGCAUCUGGACUUCCCGUCCCUAACGACAACCGUCACGCUGCCGAAAUAGCGAACAUGGCUCUGGACAUCCUGAGCGCGGUGGGAACCUUCAAAAUGAGACACAUGCCUGAUGUUCCCGUCAGGAUACGAAUCGGACUGCACACAGGUCCAUGUGUAGCAGGGGUGGUGGGUCUGACCAUGCCUCGCUACUGUCUGUUUGGAGACACGGUGACCACUGCCUCUCGUAUGGAGUCCAGCGGGAUGCCCUACAGGAUCCAUGUCCACGAGAGCACCGUGAAGGUCCUGCGGGAUCUAAACCUCGGCUACAAGUGGGAAUUAAGAGGCAGGACAGAAGUCAAGGGGAAAGGUGUGGAGGAGACCUAUUGGCUCGUAGGGAGAGAUGGGUUCACCAAACCUCUGCCUGUUCCUCCAGAACUCAAAACCAGGGAAAUGGCUCACGGGCUGCAGAUGGCCGAGAUCGCCCAGUACAAGAAACGGAAAGCCGAGAAACUGCAACAGGAACAGCUUGCAAAGGAGAAAAGCUGAGCGUCGGAGGAAAGGAGUCGAGGGACGUGAAGCAGGUGUUUCACGAGGCUGUGAAGAAGAUCUGUCACGUCCGCGUCGUGACUCAGGUCAACGCAGCCGAAGACGAAGACAACGUCAUGACGUCUCACCACUGACUGACCUGCGGGUCACAUGUUCACCUGGACGGGCCCGAACACGUAACUUUACCUCAGGACUUUGACAGAGAGAACUCUGACAGAGAUCAUCCUCUGAGAAGAGUUAGCAGCAGCAGGAGUGUGUGUGUGUGUGUGUGUGUGUGUGUGUGUGUGUGUGUGUGUGUGUGUGUGUGUGUGUGUGUGUGUGUGUGUGUGUGUGUGUGUGUUGAAGUGACGAGAUGAAGUCCUGUCUGGAGCUAUGUAUAGAGGCGGUGACUCAGCAAAGCAGGGAUCUGCAGAAACUGCCCGUCAGCAGCAGAGGAACGACGCUAAUCUUCAGUUCAUUUCCUCCUCCUCCACUUCCCCGUUUCUCCGUCGGAAGGGGGGAGGAAACGAGGAAACGAGAGAGGAGGGAAGCAAACUGAGGUGAGAAGGAGAGGUGAGAGGAAAGGAGGAUGAAUGACCAUCUCAUGCUUUCACCACCUUGUCUUUGCUCUUCAUCCUCCAUCCAUGAAUUUGGCUGAUGGGAUCUGAUAAUCUACACUAAACACAUAAACACUGGUUUAAUAUAACUAAUAAUAUAAUUUGUCUGUUAUUCUCAUAUGACAAUCGUGUGUAGUUCAGCUGUGAAGGCGAAUUCAUUUACUAUUGAGUGAUUGUAGCUCUGUUUCAAUGUUUUUAUCUCUAUAUCUGUGUUGAUAUAAAUAAUUUAGUUAAUUAAUAUCAUCAGUUUUACUUUUAUUUCUACCUCAUAAAAGAAAAACUUUCCUAAAUGUAGGAUAUUUUAGUUUUCCCUUCGAUAGCUGCAUUGAGCUGGCUUCAUUUUUCCAUAAAGUUUGAUUGAAGAAGAUUUAAGUUUGACAUUAAAAGUUUCUCCUCCAA